AUGGUGCUACAUGACCUCAAGUAUUCCAAAGGCGGCGCGAUUUAUGCACUUCGCUACAUUCAUCUCAGCAAGCCUAUCUGGUUUAAGGAUCUGGAAGCAGAGGAUCUCAUCCUUGGGAGCGUCUCGAUCCCAAUCACAAAAGACAAUGAGGACACUCCCAUCCUACUCGAAGAUGUCCCCCCCAGCGACAAGUACAGGCUUGGCCCGGCCACGCAUCUCUCAAAGGCGUUCCCUGAGGAGCUGCCUGAAGAGACAGUCCACAUCAUCGUCCAGCGACCCCCGCCAGUCCCUGUGCCUGUGCCUGUUCGUGUGUCCACUGCUCCGUCGGAUAUUAUUCGUUCUGGCUCGCCCGCCAAUGGGAAAACGCGUUACGGGCGAGAGCUGUACAGAGCCUUGCGACUUCGACUCUCAGAAAAAACCAAAGCCAACGACGUCGAUUACGCUCCUCGCUUCUACUACAUGCUGCUCGACUUCAGCAAGGACGUUAAAUUGAAUCGGACCAAUGCCAGCCUUGAUACAGGAACCAUUCUUGCCUUGCGUUUGGCCUAUUAUCAUUUCUUCCAAGGCAAAUACUUCACAUUAUUUGAAGAUUUCCGCCAUCAAGCUGUCGAACAUAUUAAUUUCUUUACGGUCAGCAACGUCAUUCUCGCCAUUUGCAAGGAUUUGGAGCUAAAUGAACAACGACCAUUGUUCCUUUUCCUUCACAUUGACGAAUUUCAGCUGAUUUUCGAUCAUCGCUGGAAGGGAACCCCUAACGGCCACCGUGCAUCCCUACCUCAAGCUGGGAUUCGCCUGCCUGGAGACAAAACCGAGUGUCACACACCGCAGGGCCUCUGUCUGUUCCAGGAUAUGAUGCGCACCCUAGGAGACUUUAUGAGCGGUACGUUCAGGCCUCAUAUGAUCCAGACCUUUCUCUCGGGAAACGCUCGGCGGGAAGUGACUAUGGCAGCGCAACCGACGCCUUACACCUUCGAGUUCCUCAGCUGUCCAACACUAUCCCUGGGAACAUGCUACGACACCAUGAGCCAUUUCACCACGCUCGCCAAUGUCCACCACUGCGAGUGGAUGCCAAAGAUGGCGUUUCUUUACUUACUAUCGGCCACCGACGGUCUUCCGCGAGCACUAGAGCUCUUACUGGAAGAGCUUUUCGGAUAUCGACUGGAGAAAUGUAAGACUUUUCCAGAUGCGCUGCCUCACAUCGACAUGAGCACAGAUCAAAUUUUCAGGAACGUUGCAAACAAUCUCAACAACUAUUACUCUAUUACUGCCUUUGCCCAGGCAUAUGAGGAACUUGUUCCUGCGCUUGUUCAUCUCAACAUUUUUCAGCAACCAUCACUGCGCACGCUCGCCCCAUCCAAGCUCUUUCCGGAACUCACCUUGGAUGUCCUAGAACGCGACAUACAUACCGUUCUGGAAGAGAUAGAUGAAGGCAAAGAACUGGUGUUGGUCCGGAUCCCCUUCUUCUUCCUCCACUUCUACAACAUAGCCAUCGGUGAAGUCCGGAAUCGCCUAGGAUCCGCAUUGUUGUACAACUGGGUUGCGGACCGCGAAUGGAGAUUCUUCGAAGGCAUGAUCGCCGAGUAUGAGGCGCUACGCACGAACCUUCUUAGGAGGCCUUUCACGUCCAAGUUAUAA